AUGCUACCCUUUCCACCCAUGGUCAGACACAAACCACCACCUUCCUUUAACAUUACUUCCUUGACAGUGUCAAUACCUACGAAGAAACGGACGCCUUCAACAACGCCUUCUCGAUGGAGCACCCUAGAAUUCAGAAUAUACCUCCUCAUUAUCGCGCUGGCCGUGCCAUGGAUGGCCUGGGUCGUUAUUCGAAUAAGCCUUCCUACCCAUCCUGCCUACCAUCUCUUCUCAGAUAGGCUCUCUCGUGGUUGGCUCUUCGGCUGGCCAGUCGACAACUGGGACGCUCAGUACCGUUCGUUUCGAAAUAACGUCCCCAUCCUAGCUGCAGUCGCAGGAGUCCAUGCCCUAUUGACGUAUUUCGUUCCUGUACGGCUACGUUUACGCCUCAAUCUAGUGUUUUCAUUGAUCUUCAAUGUCGCGUUGCACGGAACGAGCACACUCAAAAUCCUUGCAAUCCUCAGUCUUAACUACGCUCUGAGAGCGCAGCACCCAUCCUUAACCUGGACUGACUGGGAAGGUGUCUAUCCACGCUGGUACAUCUCGUUCAACAUCACCAUGCUUCGCCUCGUUUCGUUCAAUAUGGAUUAUCAUGUGGCAACGACGACCCCGAAACCAGAUUCACAUCCACCACAUGCAUACACCUUCCCUGUGUAUCUCACCUAUGCCCUCUUUGCACCAUUAUACAUCGCAGGACCAAUCAUUCCGUUCAAUGAUUUCCUGGCGCAGAUAGAAUUGCAGUCGGCGCGCCCGCUUACACAAAAACAAGAAGAACGCCCUAUAACCUUGAUCAAACCCUACUUGAUCCGUUUCAUCUUCACCCUUCUCACUAUGGAAGUCCUCAUCCAUACUAUGUACGUCGUUGCCAUCAAAGAUGCGCGUCCUUGGGAACACGUCACUUACCUCCCCUCUGAACUCGCUCUCCUCUCUUUCUUCUCUCUCAUCCAUGUAUGGCUUAAGCUUCUCAUUCCCUGGCGUUUCUUUCGCCUGUGGAGCCUCCUAGCUGGUAUAGACCCCCCGGAAAACAUGGUUCGCUGUAUGGCCAACAAUUAUAGCGCCCUGGCAUUCUGGCGCGCCUGGCAUAGAAGCUUCAACCUGUGGAUUGUACGAUAUAUAUACAUUCCCCUCGGGGGGUCCCACCGCCAACUCCUCAAUUCGCUUCUCAUAUUCACCUUUGUUGCACUUUGGCACGAUCUUACUUUCCGCUUAUUGGCGUGGGGAUGGCUCGUUAGUAUCUUUCUCAUCCCCGAGGUCGUGGCAGGAUGGGUCUUCAGUACAGGGAAGUUUGGCGAUCGCCCAUGGUAUCGACACCUUUGCGCCUUAGGUGCUGUGCUCAACAUUCUCAUGAUGAUGGCCGCCAAUCUUGUGGGGUUCGUCAUUGGGACCGACGGGGUACGCUAUUUUGUAGAGCAGCUAGUUGGAACAAAACAAGGUGCUACUUAUGCUCUUUCUGGAUUUAUGGUGUCCGCUGACACUUUUCAGGUCUUCAAUUUCUUGCAUGUGCAGGUGGCAGGACUGUUUGUAGGCGUGCAGUUUAUGUUCGAGUACCGGGAGGAAGAGAAACGAAGGGGGAUAUACAGACGAUGUUGAGGAUGAGAACGAUACCCAUGGAAGAUAAGUGUCUAUCGAAAAAGUAUUGCAGCCCGCCAAGAACGCUGUUUUUAUAGUCAUCAGAGUACCACCUGAACCGUGUCUGAUAAUUGCGGAUCUAUUAAUAUAUCGUCUUGGGGCACUGAUCCUCCAUUGCUCACCAACCCCAAGAUACAAAAAGGUCCUAUUACUGCAAAUAAUGUGCUAUUGGGGUAUUUCCGUCUAUGUUUACCUGCUAAUAUUUCUAGGGAAAAAAUUCUGUCUAAAUAACUUGUAAAUAUUUCACGCAGUACGUAAUCAAUACAUACAUGUUUCCGAGAUAAGCCUGCAGCGAGGAACGAGCGGAAGGCUUAUCGGAGGAUAAAGUAAAGUAGCGCAGGAUAAUACCUUUAGAUAUAAAUAUUCACAAUCAAACGUGCC